CAAAGACUUGUGGAACAAAUUGACAAAGAAAUCUUUUUUAAUAUCCCUAAUUUCUUUCCCCCCAAAUCUUGUGUUUGUUAUGUAGUACCUUUGUUGAUCCAUUUAUCCUUUCUUGUCAAAAUAAUGCCCUUUUCCUUUAGCCCAAAUUUUUCACAAAAGGAUGGCCCCAAAAGAAAUCCUUUAUCAGUUAAAGCUUAGGUUAAAGGCGAGUUUAGACUUUAGACAAAGGUGCACUUCUGACUUCUUCAUCUUCUUCCUCCUCAAUAGUCAACCGUGAACCACAAGAAAAUUUCAGUAUAUAAAGGACUAGUUGGAAACUUUAGGCUGGGGCAAUUGCCUCGCGUCAAUAUAAGUUAUGGCCGCCGCUGCUGCUGGUACUGGUCGCACAUUUCUUUUCAGACUGAACCCUUACUUCGGUUCUUCGUCUUCCAGCAACCUCUUAGCAUUCAGAAGCUACUCUGCUCUUCUUAAAACCAUAAUAGGUACCAAUUCUACUUGCAAUGUUACAACAACAUUUAAAUUUGCUCCUAGAAAGAAAUUCGGCGUUUGUGUGAGCCGCCCAACUUUAUCCUCCGUCACUAGGCAUUUCUCUUCUUCAACUGCUCACCUUUCUCCGAGCUUGAAUCCUGAAAAGAAUGUAGUGGACAUCCUUGAAGAGAGGGGCCUACUUGAGGCCCUCACCAGUGAUUCUCUCAGAGACAAGGCAUCUACAUCCUCCCUUCGAGUUUACUGUGGUUUUGACCCCACUGCUGACAGCCUCCACCUGGGGAAUCUCUUGGGUAUCAUUGUUUUAACUUGGUUCAUUCGCUGUGGACAUAAGGUUGUUGCACUAAUUGGUGGAGCUACCGGUCGUGUUGGUGACCCUUCUGGCAAGAGCACUGAAAGGCCCGAGCUUGACAUAGAAACCCUCGAAAACAAUGUAGCUGGGAUCUCGAGAACUAUUCGGAGCAUCCUUGGAAGGGCUGGUGCUGGAAAUGAUGGCAAUUCGAGCGUUGCUAUUUUAAAUAAUUAUGACUGGUGGAAGGAUGUUAGUCUUUUGGAUUUCCUGAGGGAUGUUGGGAAGUUUGCUAGGGUUGGGGUAAUGAUGUCAAAGGAAAGCGUAAGGAAACGGCUUGAAUCCAAAGAUCAAGGGAUGAGCUUUACCGAGUUCACGUACCAAUUGCUUCAAGGUUAUGACUUUGUCCAUCUCUUUCGCAGUGAAGGGGUCUCUGUUCAGAUUGGUGGUAGUGAUCAAUGGGGAAAUAUCACUGCAGGAACUGAUCUUAUCCGUAGAAUUCUUAGAGCUGAAGAAGGAGCCGUUUAUGGCCUCACUUUCCCUCUACUUCUGAAAAGCGAUGGCACCAAAUUCGGUAAGUCUGAGGAUGGUGCCAUUUGGCUUUCCCCUUUGAAGCUCACCCCAUAUAACUUCUACCAAUACUUCUUUACUGUUCCCGACACUGAUGUUGUACGAUUCCUCAAAAUGCUCACUUUCUUAAGCAUGGAAGAGAUUGCUCAGCUAAAAAGGGAUAUGGUGACACCCGGUUACAUUCCGAAUACUGCUCAGCGCAAGCUGGCAGAAGAGGUCACCCGUUUUGUCCAUGGCCAAGAGGGUCUUGAGGAGGCUCUCCUAGCCACAGAGGCUUUAAGGCCAGGGGCUGCCACCAAGUUGGAUGCCAAGAUGAUUGAGGGGAUUGGUGAAGAUGUUCCAUCUUGUUCUCUACAGUAUCAUGAGGUUCUGGAUCUUUCUCUUUUGGAUCUUUCAGUUUCAACUGGAUUGCUAGAGAGUAAGUCUGCUGCCCGUCGGCUACUCAAACAAGGGGGUCUCUAUCUUAACAAUAAUAGGAUUGAUAAUGAUGCUAAGAAGAUUGAGGCUGAUGACAUAAUCGAUGGCAAAGUCAUUCUCUUGUCAGCCGGGAAAAAGAACAAGAUGGUUGUAAGAGUAUCUUGAUUAUACACUUAUUGACUGGUGGUGUUUAUUAGAUAGUUCAUUCUGCAAAUUUUGGAUGCCAGCUCUACAUGAAUUUUUUCUAAUUCUUUCUUGUUUUAUAACAUUUAACGAAUAAUCAGCAGCUAAAUUCUGUUUCAAGCCUUUCAUUAUUUUUAAUUUUAUUAUUUUGUGAAAAACUAUUCUGAGUAUUUGAACAUCAGCAAUUCCUCGUUCUCCAAAUAUAUCUGCCCUAAUUAUGUUGAUGGAAGCGAGGAACGAUGGAGAUUCAGCAUAUAGCAGUGUGCCUAACCCAUGAGGCUUUAGGUGAGGCGUGAUAUUUCGUCGUUUUCCUCAUGUGGAGGCCAGGCCAUUAAUCCCUGUGACCACUUUCCUGAUCAAAAUUACUAAUAGGAGCCUUCAAUCCUUCUAUCUUUAGUACUGCUCUUCUUGACGUAUUAGCUGAAUUGCCUGAUGCCGGGGUGGUUACAAGCUAUAACCAGUGUCUUCCAGGUACAUUGAGAUUACUGUUGUCCAACUCCAAUUUUGUUCAGUUUGGCAAUGUUUGGUAUACUUGUCCCUUCUUGUCUUUGCAUAUCAUUUGAAAAAUCAUAAGGUAAGAUAAUGUUUUGUGUCUAUAAUAAGCAGCUAUUUCUGGCUUUGAAAUGAAUCUUUAGGUGCCGAAUACAUUUUUCUAUGUCAUAUCUGAAGCCUCCUCUUCAUUUAUCUUCCAGGAUGCAAUAGAAUUGUUGCAUCCUAUCUUUGUUGGAGUUGGAACCUCCAACAGCUGGAUAGUGGCUAUAAUAUCCUCUGUAACUUCUGAUGUAUAAUUGGAGAAAAUGUUUCUAACAUCAGAAUUUGCUUGGGCUUAAUUGCAUCUGCAGUCUUAUUUGCUCUCACUUGUCAAUCCUUUAUUUUUUAAAAAGUUUUUCUUUCAAUGCAUAAUCUCAUUGAUGUCUUGGAAUUGUACAUUAUUAAUGAUGAUCAUAAAAUAUGGUGGAGCUUUUAUAAUAAACUAGUUGUUAUUAACAUUAAAGCAACAGAAGGCUGUGGUAAUGGAUCUGGAAAGCAGAUUGAAGCUGUCGAAUCUGCAGUCAGCAACACCAACGUCGUGCAUCUCUGCCUUGCCACUUUGAGGGAUUGACUGGCAUUUUCCUGUACAAUGAUCGUCUCAGUGGUUCUCCAUCUUUGUUUUGGCCGGGUAGAAGAAAGAGGAGGGGGUGAUUGCUGGCUGGGUGCUGGUUGAACAGUCAGCAUUACCGAAAUCAUCUAGUUAGCUUAAAGAGCGAAGUCUCACUUUGUGUUGAUCUACUCAGGUAUGUGGUAGUAGGGUUCACUUAAUUGGAGAAAAACCUUCCUCAUUUUGCUUAUUCCGAAGCAUCUUCUUCUGCACCAGAUUAGGUCAUUGUUAACCAUUCUCCAAGGGAAGCAAAUAGUGCGGUGGAUGCAAUCGCUAGAUUAGGUCAUAAUUAUCCCUUCGGUUUAUAUUUUUUGGUAAAUGCACCCAAAGGAUGGUGGACUUUUUAUGUAAGGAUGUGGUAGGAUCCAGACACAGUUGAUGAUUUCCAGUCGAUUGCUUCUCAAGUGUAUUUAAAAACGAAUAAAGAAAAAAAAAAACACUUUGACGUUGAAGUUAUGUGUAAGUGUAUUCAGGAACUGGGAAACAUUUCCAGCUAUUUGAAAUUGAAAAAUAUUUGUGCAUGUUUUUGGAUAGAUGAUGUAUUUUCUGCAUUUAUACUUUUUUUUUCCCCUA